AUGGCUCCAUCAUCGCGCAUAUAUCCGAAACUUCAUCAAGACAUUCUCCAGGCCAUGCCUGAAAAUGUGACCGUUGUGUGGGAAAACAGCCUAGACGAGCGAGCUCGGCCCAGGAAUCAGUGGGUGACAAACGUUAUGGGACGUUUUACGUGCCGCAACCGGCAAUGCGCUAGCGGGGGCUGGUUCAGUAGGACAGUGGGCAUAUGGAUUCGGCAGUUCCGCGGCGGUCGCUACAACGCCAUAGUCUACAGCCAGGAGUGUGAGCUGUGCGGUUGGCUGGGCUGGCUAACUCUUGACCGAGGCUCCUAUAUAGAAAGGGUAGCAUACUGGCUCAAGAAGUGGGCGGGCGUGCCAGUGGAGCCACCUCCUCACCGAGAAAAAAGGGGCCCUCCGCACAAACAAGAGCUUUGCGAGGGAUGCAGGAGGGGCCAUGGGGCUCAUAUUUGCGAAUUUUGCUUCACCAAAUCCAGGAGUGGGUUAGCUAUCCUGCAGGAGUCAAUAGCCGCGCUGCUUCUAGGUCGUAACAGCGCCAGCGAGGAAGGAUUCAGAGGGGCUUUCUCUCACUAA